AUCCGUCUCAAAGGAUCCGAAAUUGUAUGAUGCACAUCAUCAAACUCGGUAUACUCUUUUAAUUAAAGUCAAUUAAUUUAACAGCCCCCGCGGUGCCGACAAUUUGGGGUUUUCCAUCUGGGAAUCCUUAUCUGUUAAAUAAGCAAACAAUUUAGUAUAAAUAACAAUGUACAAGCAUAUAAGAAAGUUCUGAUAAGCAUGUCAUGGAUGAUAAUUCGAGCAAUAAGUCUGAUGAGCAUCUGGAAGAGGAUGAAGGGUCGGACCUGGAUGAGAAGGAGCCCAAGCUCAAGUACAUGCGGAUGGGCAAUGGCGUUGAAAACAUCCUGAAAGCAGACUCGGCCUCCUGCGUAGCCAUACAUCCGAAGUUUGUAUGCAUUGGGACUGACUGGGGUUUAAUUUAUUUUCUGGACCAUCAGGGAAAUGUAGUUUUGGACAAAGAACUCCGAGCGCACACUUUAGCUGUCAACCAAAUCAGUAUCGAUGCAAACGGCGAUUAUAUUGCCAGCUGUGCUGAUGACGGGAAAGUUUAUGUCUUCGGUGUUUAUGAUAGUGAUAAUAAUCAGGAAAUUCGUUUAGAAAGACUCGUUCGAUCUGUUGCGAUAGAUCCUUUAUAUGCAAAAGGAGGGUCUUACAGGCGGGUCAUUACAGGAGAUGAGAAACUAGUGCUUCAUGAAAAGGGAUUUUUUUCCCGGAUUAGAUCAACCGUAUUAGGCGACGCUUCUAUCGAAGGCGGUGUUAAAAAUAUAAAAUGGAGCCCGGAUGGAAAGCUCUUGGCUUGGUCGACACAAGUUGGAUUCAGAGUUUAUGACGUCGAUGUUAAAACAUCUCUAGGACUUGUAAAAUGGGCUUCAAAACCCCAAAUAGAUUUAAAAUGCCCCAUGUGCUGGGAAGGAAAUAAUAAUCUAGUCGUUGCUUGGAAUAACACUAUUAAAAUAUGUGCCAUUAAACGAAAAACUACAGCAACACCUUCACAUAUUUCUGCUUUUGUCGUUAUGCCUGUUUACACCAUCCAGAUGGAGUACAUAGUGAGUGGUGUCGGACCGUGGGGCAACAUGCUUGUGGUUCUCGGCUGUACCAAGGAGAUCAACAACUCUGGAUUGGACGGUGAUAGGCCACAGCUCCAAGUCAUCGAGCCGACAUCGAGCGGCUAUGAGGAUCUCAAUUCACAUUUUCUUUCACUCAGGGGCUUUGAAAAAUAUGCCGCUUCCGAUUACAGUUUAGAGUGCCUUCCAGAUGAAGGACAAUUUGUCAUUGUAAGCCCUCGUGAUAUAGUUGUAGCAUGCCCGUACGAUGCUGACGACCGUAUCGACUGGCUUAUCAAUCAUUCUAAGUUUGAAAUGGCUCAAAAAGCCGUCGCAGAUUCUAAAGUGCCUUUUGUCAGGCAUUCGAAAUAUUCAGUGGGUAGAGAGUACAUAGGGUAUCUUUUAAAAAAGCGUGAAUACAAAAAGGCUGCAGACCAGUGUAAAAAUAUUUUAGGUAAUGACAAAAUGAAGUGGGAAAAAGAACUGAGACGGUUUGCUGAACAUCAGGCCGCUCACGCGUUAGCGGAUUACGUACCAAUUUCUCUAGAAUGUCGCCUGCCAAAUCAUUGCUAUGAGCUCAUUCUUUACGAGUAUUUACGUUACGACAAAGAGGGUUUUUUAAAUAAAAUUAAAGCGUGGCCACCUGCGUUAUACGACCCGUCUACAAUGGGAGCAGUAGUGCUGAAAUGUAUCUUUGGGUCUGACUUGAAAAGCAAUCCUACCCUCCUUGAAGCUUUAGCCAUCAUUUAUUCCCACAUGGGAAAUCAUGAUAAGGCACUUUCUAUGUACAUCAAAUUGCAAAACAAUGGAGUAUUUAAUCUGAUUGAACAGCACAAAUUACACAGCAGUAUACACAAGUCGGCGAAAGAUCUCAUGAAAAUGGACGAAAACAAGGCGAUUCGAACAUUUCUACACAGUAAUGUCAAUCCAGAUGAUAUUGUAGAAGCGCUCAAAGACCACAAUUAUUACUGUUUUAAGUACUUAGAUGCCUUGAACAAGCACGACUCGAAAGCUUGUAUAAAAAAUCAUUCAAAACUGGUCAGACUGUAUGCGGACUUUGAGCCGGACAAGCUUUUGAAUUUUCUGAAAAUGAGUGACCAUUACGCUAUCCGAGAAGCGUUGGAUAUAUGCAAAAGUGGAAAAUUGAACGAAGAAAUGGUUUAUUUAUUGGGCCGGAUUGGAAAUACAAAAGAAGCGCUAGAACUUAUUCUUACCAGCAUAGGAGACAUAGAAAGAGCGAUAGAUUUUUGCAAGGAGCAUGACGAUGAAGAACUUUGGGAAGACCUGAUCAGCUUUUCAUUAGACAAGCCGAUGUGCAUAACGAAUCUUCUUCAGAACAUAGGCACAUAUGUCGAUCCGAACAUCCUGCUUCAAAAAAUAGACAACAAACUUCCUAUACCUUCCCUCAAGGAGUCGUUGGUAAAACUGAUGCAGGGGUACAAUCUUCAGGUUCAAGUUCAAGAAGGCUGUAAUGUAAUUUUAGCGAAUGACUCGUUCGCCUUGAGUGAGAAAGUACGGUCAAUUAGGCAAAGAGGAGUUUUGAUUGGUGAUGAUCAACAAUGUGGGUCUUGUCAUAAAAAAGUUAUUUUGAAAAGCACCAAGGAUAGUAAUGUGAAAGAAAGUCUUGUAAUAUUCCACUGCAACCACAUUUUUCAUCGAGAUUGCUUACCAGCAUUUAUGGACAAUUGCAAACUGUGCACAAAGACAAAGUUACAUUUUUAAAAUGUUUAGUUCCCAAUUUAAUUUAUAUGCCUUUCAUGCUAAUACAAGUACAUGCAUAUUUUAUAAAUAUAUAUUUUAUUAAUGAUGUUA